ACGAGAGGAUCGCAUUGUUUUUAUCGAAUGAAUGAAUCUGUCUGCUUCUUGGCUUCUAUUUCACCAAUUUUGACUCUUUUUAUGGUUUUGUGUAAAUCCUAUUGUGGGUUGGUUGUACCUGGAUUGUAUUGCAUUUUGCAGAUUCCGAUAACCUAAUCUCUAGAAAUUCUUUUUAUCCACGUGAUUCGAAUAUUGAGUUAUUGUUUAUGUUGUUUGUUUUGGACAUUGCAUCAAUAGAUGUAUAGAUAGUUGUGAGUUGUGACAAAAUUCUCAUGUUUUAUCUUUUCAUUUUCCUGAUUUGAGCUUGUGCAAUUCUCAUUAAUGGCUGGCAAUUAGUUUGUAGUGCUUAGAUCUAAGAAGACAAAUGAAUCAUGAUGUUGUGUUGCUCAUUUGUGGUUUUGUUUUUAUCAUGCUAUCAGAACGGUAAUAUUCUGAAGAAUUCACUUGGGUAGAUAAAAUGAGUAGUAAAGCACGACACAGUCUCGAUCCCUUGAAUCUCGACAGAUUCAAUCACGAGGCACUGAUUCCACUUGUAUCUCCGCUCACUGGAAAGAACUACAUAGGCUGGUGUAAUCACAUCGAGCUUCUUCUAACAGCAACUGUCAAGCUUGAUUUCAUCACAGGUAAAUGUGAAAGACCAACAGAGAGGGCAAAGGCAGAGCAGUGGGAUCUUGUUGACAGUAUGGUAAGAUCUUUGAUAUUAGGUUCUGUAUCCAAAGAAAUUGCCCAACAUUUCAUUCAUGCUAAGACUGCUAAAAGCUUAUGGGAAGAAAUUAAAGGGAGGUAUGGAUCUCAUGGCCCUCUCUUGUACAGAAUUCAUCGUAAACUUAGAAGUAUCAGACAAGGAAAUGCAGAUUUAUUUGAGUACUACUCAAAACUUUGCAAUCUUUGGAGUGAGCUUCAUUAUUUGAAGCCCAUACCAGUCUGCAAAUGCAAGUGUAAUGUUGGUAAAGAAAUUUCAGUGGGCGAGUGCAAUGGCUGCAUUCUUGCUAAACAAAUUGCAGAUGACAAAAGUGAAACUGAACUGUUUCAAUUUCUGAUGGGUUUAAAUGAUUGUUAUGAUAAUGUGAGAGAUCUUAUACUACUCAUGGAGCCCCUGCCUACGCCAAGCAAAGCUUACUCGAUGCUUCUUGGUGUGGAAACAAUGAGGGAAUUGAGUAAAGGAGAGAAAGGUUGUGAAAAAACACAUGAUCUAGUUUGUAGUUAUUGUAAGAAGAUUGGACACACUCAUGAGGGUUGUUUCAAACUUCAUCCCAAGACUAAACGCUCUAUGUGAGAAAUUGAAAAGGAGGGACCAAUGGAGUGAUGAUGUCUUUUGUGUCUUUCUUGCAAAGCAAAGCAAAACAAUCUAAAUAAUGAUCAACUGAAAACAUGUUUUUUGUAGUGAUGUUGCUUAAUCUAAUGAAUUCAUAAAAAGACUUUGUGUCGUUUCUUCCUGCUUCGAAUUAAUAGGCCUAACCAUGUAUGAUAUGCUUGUCUGUUUCCUUUAUCAAUUGUUGAAUUGAAGAAAACCUUAGUGUGGUUCUUGUU